AUGGCAAGCUAUUCCUGCUUGGCAGAUAGAGGACUUACUGGAGGUGCACCAUCGCCAACUGCCCAGCUACUAUCGCUACCAGGAACAACAUCAUCAAAGAGGUCAGACCCAUCCCAAGCAUUUACCAAAAGGAACUCAACAGCCUACGUGACACCGAAAACUGCUACCGGAGACAGCUUCCUUUUCAUUGAUGAUGGAGACAUAUCCCGGAUCCUAGCCUUUGCGACCACAGACAACCUGACCAACCUAGCAACUGCCGACAGGAUUUUCUGCGACGGGACCUUCUACACUUGCCCAAGCCUUUUCCACCAAAUAUACAGCAUCCACAUCGAGAUUGACGGAUCCAUGUUCCCAGUAAUCUACGCCCUCUUACCCGGAAGAAGUCAGACGAUCUACACAAGAUUCUUCACGUUACUAAAGACAGCUAUGGCAGACCUCCACCUUCCAAUGACACCAGCUACCGUCUUCGUCGACUUUGAGACAGCCGUCCACAAUGCCAUCCGCACCGUCUUUCCUGGAACCGAAAUCAAGGGCUGCUUCUUUCACUUUACCCAGUGUAUAUGGAGAAAGGCACAGACUACCGGACUACAACUUCCUUACCGAGACAACGACGACACCAGGAGACUUGUUCGCCGUGCAGCAGUGUUGCCCCUAGUUCCCCGACAGAAGAUAGAGGAUGUGUGGUUCAACGCAUUAGAGGACAUUGAGGACGCCGACCUACCAGCAGAUGUGACACCCUUUACAGACUACGUCGUGGACCAGUGGAUAGAUGGAGACCGUACAAUUUGGAAUCACUACGAGACAGAAGGACCCAGCACCACCAACCACUUAGAGGCCUGGCAUGGGAAGCUGAAGAGAAUGGUGCAACACGCCCGUUCAAAUAUCUAUGCCAUCAUCCAGAUUUUCAAGGACAUCCAAACAGCCAACGACAUCACAAGACUACAACGCCAAGCAGCAGGAACCCAAAGACCUCGUUCCAGGAAAUAUCAGAACAUCGAAAUACGAGAACAACAUAAUCGACAUCAUGACCUACGCCGACGCUGCAUCAGAGUUACUGCAUCUUGGAUAGUUUAUGAACAGUGA